AUGGAUUUGGAGAUUUCAUUAGAAUUCGAUAAUCCCAAUCACCUAACAUCUUUGAUGUCUGAAAUGAAUGAAGCGAGAGUUGAAUCCAAGUUCACCGAUGUUACUCUAUGCGUUGAUGGGACCAUCUUCCCCUGCCAUAAAUUGGUAUUGGCAAGUAGCAGUGAAUACUUUAAAGGGAUGUUUUCUAGUGGUAUGCGUGAGAGUAAAGAAGAAAAAAUUCACCUCCGAGACGUACAGAGUCAUGCAGUAGAGCUGAUGUUGGAUUACAUAUACACUGGAAAGGCAGUUAUUACUGGCUCUAAUCUACAGGCUCUCCUUGAAGCUGCAAACAUGUUUCAAGUUUUAACACUCCGAGAUGGAUGCAUUAAGUUCAUGUUAGAGAAUAUGGAUGCAAGCAACUGUUUAGGUGUAUGGCAGAUGGCGGAAUCCUUCAGCCUCGCUGCUGCCAGUGAAAAGGCGCUGGAAUACGUGAUAAACUAUUUUAAGUUAGUCUCCACUCAAGGGGAAUUCCUUGAGUUGACUAAGGAGGUUUUGAUUAAACUUGUUUCGAAUGACUUGCUCUGCGUCGAGGAUGAAGAUUUAGUCGGUGCCGCUGUGAUUAGGUGGUACGAGCACUGUAAAGGUGAUGAUCGCAAUAAUCGGGAAGAAGAUUUUGUGGAUGUAUUGGAGUAUCUAAAACUUGGAGAGUUAUCACCAAAUUUGUAUUAUGACAUCAAUUGUCAGUUAUCAGACAUGAAAGGAGUAACCAAAAAAACUAUAGAAAAUAGGCCUCGAUUGAAGGACAGGAAAAACAAAGGUAGUCCAAAGCGUCUUGUUAGUGUUGUCUGUUCUGUAGGGGGGUUUCGGCGAGGCUGGAGGUAUUGUCGUAAUGUGGAAUAUUUUGACGCUGUUAAGAAGACAUGGCACCGUAUAACGCAGACUCCCGUGAUUAAAGAUAAGAAUUGGGAGGUUGAAUACGCAGCAACUUACGACAAGUACAUCAUCACCCACGUGUUCAGGUACCCAAGCAUGUUAAACCUUGAAACGAGGGAGUGGGAGUUAUUCGAUGACAAAAUAUAUCUGCAUUUACGUGAAUGUCAGAGCUCCAAGAUGAUAGUUUUGGAUAAUAAACUGUAUUUUAUUGGUGGAGAAGAUCGGGAGAACUCUCACUAUGUGGCAAUCUACGGUGGAUUCACGUGUUGUGAUCUAGUCACCCGCCGGGAAGUUCAAGUCCCGCUGUUGCUGAAAGACGGCGUCUUCUCAAGUGUUGUUUCAUUUCAGGGGAAGAUAUACGUAUUCGGUGGAAGUGUGCGCUCUACACAUGGUGACACAUAUGAUUCAAUAUCACUGAUCCAGUGUUAUAAUCCAAACAAGAAAGUUUGGACCUGCUUCGAUGAUAUCCCGCCGAGUGUGCCACGAGAAGAUACAAAUGCUGUUGUCUUCGAUACACUCAUUUAUAUAUUCCAGAAUGCCAGUAAGUUGUACGUGUAUGAUCCAAAGCAGAAGGAAUGGCAGCCCCCGAUUGCAGGAUUUCCCGAAGCCCGCUAUUACAAGGACUGCAGCGCUACUGUAUGUAACUGCAAGAUAUACAUCAUGGGUGGGCGUAUCGAUCGCGACGAUGCACACGAUGACGUUUACACUAAUAAGAUGUACUGCUAUGAUCCCAUUCACAGCAUAUGGGAAUCAAACGUUGGGAAAUUGAAGACUCCAUUGAGUAUUUCUCGCGUUUCACAAUACACUGCGCCACCUACCGGGCUGUAG